AUGGAUCUGUCCUUAAUACCAGACAACUCAGACAUGGAUCUGUCCUUAAUACCAGUCAACUCUCACGUGCAUCUGUCCUUAAUACCAGACAACUCAGAUAUGGAUCUUCAACUCUCACGUGCAUCUGUCCUUAAUACCACUCAACUCAGACAUGCAUCUGUCCUUAAUACCACUCAACCCUCAUCAGCUUCUUCUUCUCCAACUUCCAAAAGGCCACCUCAAUCUUCACCUUCAGUGGUCCCAAAUUCAUCUACCUUGGGGCCUCGUCAGACUUCCACUAAGCAGCCUCCAGCUUUUAAGCCAAUUCUGCAUCCAGCUCCCAAUAAUGUAACAAAUGAAGAAGGGAAGAUGAGUUAUAUGUAUGAAAAGGGUACACCCUUAUAUGCUAUUCCUGAGGAUAUCAAAGGUCAGAUCAAGAGAGACAUUGUGCCUCAAGUUCUGAAACAGCCUUUAUCUCCUUCAACUUAUAAGGCUUUUUUUGCUGCUCUGUUAUAUGCUGAGGAUUACUACUUGGAGAAAUGGACUGAUUUCCUAUUGGAGAAAGUGACUUUGAAGUUGGAGAAAGCAACAGUUUAUAAGGAAAAAAACGAGCAUAAAUAUUCUGAUGGAAGUGAUGAGAAGGAUGAUAAAAUCUUUGUAGCAUUUGAGAUUGAUUCUGUUCCUCAGAGGCGGCCAUUCCUUUUAUCAAGGGACAUGGUCUAUGCUAAACCUUCGGAUAAAGAGGUUGAGGCCUUUCAGGGUUUUAUCUAUCGUGUGGUGAAAAGCAAUUGCAUGUUUGUUGAAUUUGGAGACGAUUUUCAUUCACAGCAUCAUCCAAAUCGCAAAUAUGACAUCAGCUUCUCAUUCAACAGAGUUUGUCUAAAAAGGGCUCAUCAAGCAAUUGAAGCUGCAUUAGGUCCUUCAUCACACAACUUCCUUUUUCCUGAAUGUCUCUAGGAAGAACAAUGUUAACCCACCUCUGUUUGAUGCCUAUCAUGAACUUAAUAUAGUUCGUCGGAUUCUAAGCUAUCCGGGUUCACCACCUUAUCUUCUUGUGGGCCCGCUCAUUGGCACUGAUGUGGAAAGGUAUGUACCUGAACUAAAAGCAUCAGCAAGAACAGGGGUGGUUGUUUGUGAAGCUGUAAUUGAAAUAUAUAAAACCUCUGAAGAGAAUCGGGUUCUUAUAUGUGCACCUAUAAACCACACAUGCGAUGCGCUAAUGACAAGGUUGAUGGAGGUGAUUCCAGAGUCAGAUAUGUUUAGAGCCAAUGCUGCAUUUCGAGAGAUGGUUGGAGUACCCAGUGACAUUCUGCGCUCAUGUCCUGUAAAAGAUGAAUGUUUUGAAUGUCCCCCACUCCCAAUACUUCAGGAAUUCAAGAUAAUUUUGUCAACUUAUGUGAGUAGCUUUCGACUAUACAAUGAAGGCAUAGCUGCUGGACAUUUUAGUCAUAUUUUUCUAGUGGAUGCCUCAUCAACCACAGAGCCGGAGGCAACAAUAGCUGUGGCUAAUUUUGCUAAUGAGAAUACAUCUGUUAUUGUUACCGGUGCACCCAGAAACCAUUCAGGUUGGGUCCGCUCUAACAUGGCUAGGAAUUAUGGA